CACACUUAACUUGGACUGAGGAAGAGCAAGAUGCUGCUUCACUGGAACACGGACAUGAGGGGUAUCGUGGGGGUGUUGGUGUAUUUGUCUUUCGGACAGUGUGCUUUACUUCCUGAACUCCGUGCAACAGAGUUUGGGUUAAUGCCCCCUGAGAACUUUACGCAAGGACAAACGGGAUUUGCGGAGCCUGAUUUAUCCUAUUGUCAGAUGCUUCUGGAAGCUCCGGUUCCACCCACAGCAGACCAGGUACCCUGGUUCUGCAUCUGCUCCACUUGUUCCGGAAACCGAGGCCAGAAAGGAGACAGAGGCGACCGCGGACUGCCAGGAGUUCCUGGUAGUCCAGGUCCAAGAGGCCUCACUGGGCUUCCCGGCCGUCCCGGAUUCACAGGACGUCCCGGCAUAAAGGGUGAGAAAGGUGACACCGGAGAUAAGGGUGACAUUGGUCAUCUUGGAGUUUCAGGGCCAACGGGAGACAGGGGAUUUAAAGGUGAGAAGGGUGACCGUGGUCUUGAUGGUCCUACGGGAGAACAGGGUCCAAAUGGAGAAGAUGGUCAGUGCCCGGAAACCUGUGAGCCCAUACCAGGGCCGGCAGGUGAGCCAGGUCUUCCCGGCCCUGCAGGUGCACGGGGUUUACCUGGGCUGAAUGGAGACCCUGGUCCCAAAGGGAUGAAGGGUGAUCCGGGUGUGGUGGGGGAGUCUGGCGUUCCAGGUGUACCAGGGGAGAAGGGUGACCAAGGUCCACAGGGCCUGUGCAAUUGUCAGGAUGGGGCUCCAGGAGCCCAGGGUCAAACAGGUGAAAAUGGUGAGAAGGGAGACCAGGGUCCGACAGGGCUGACAGGUCAAACUGGAGCCACAGGACCUAAAGGUGAUCAGGGAGAGAUGGGAAUGACUGGUAUGCCCGGACCUUGUUCACCCACCGUGCAAUCUGCUUUCUCUGCUGCUUUACUCACUUCCUAUCCUACACCGAGCCGGCCAGUGCCUUUCAAACGUGUCAUCUACAACUUAAACCUGCACUACAACCCUGAUAACGGCGUCUACACUGCCCCGGCUAACGGAACCUACGUGUUUAGCUACAAUCUGCAAGUGUCCAACCGUAUGCUAAAGGUCGGACUCUUCCACAACUUCGAGGCCACGGUGAGGACAACUACGUUGGUGGAAAUGAACACUGCCUCUCAGCAGGUGGUGAUGAGUCUGAACCAGGGUGACUGGGUGUGGGUACAGGUGAAAGACAUCUUCAGUAACGGCAUGUUCACCGGCAGCGAGGCCAGCAGCACAUUCAGCGGGUUUUUGUUGUACCCAGACAGAUGUGAUGACAUGUUUGGAAGAGAUUUCAAUGGAAACGCUGCUAACAAUGGAACUGAUCCAGGGUUCCCUAGCUAUAAUAUUCCCUGGGAACAUUCGUAAAGACCCAUAUGUAUACCUUACCCACUUACCCUACACCUUAAACCCUUAACCAACCCCUACAUUCUAAACCACCACCUACAGCCCAGACAAGGGGCAGCCAAUCACACUCGUGGAGGGCUACCAUCCUGCAGAUUUUAGCUCCAACCCUAUUCAAACACAACAGCUAAUCAAGGUGCUCAGGAUUACGCCAAAGUAACAGGCAGGUGUGUUGAAGCAGGAUUAGAACUGAAGAAUGCAGGAAGGUAGCUCUCCAAAAGAAGGGUUGGAGACCCCUGGCCUUAGACCCUAAACACUUAAUCUACACCCUGAAUUCAAAACCUAAAUUUUACCUAUUCCCUAGACUAAUACCCAACAUUCUAAACCUCCAACCAAAACUUAUCUACACCCUAGACUUACACCCAACAUUCUAUACCUAAACUCUACUCUAGGUCUACUCCCUAGACCUGCAACCUAAACUGUUAACCUACACUCAGCAUUCUAAACCUUCACCCAAAGUUUUAACUGCACCUUAGACGUACUCCCAACAUUCUAAACCUAAACAAUAAUUGACUUCAUAGACCUGCACCCUAAUCUGUUAACCUACACUCAGCAUUCUAAACCUUCACCCAAACUUUUUACUACGCCCUAGGCCUACACACAACAUUCUAAAUCUACAUUUUUAUCAACUCCCUAAACUGUUAACCUACACCCAAAAUUCUAAACCUUAACCCAAACAUUUAAUUACACCCUAGACCUACACACAACUUUCUAAACCUAAACUUUUAUCAACUCCCUAGACCUGCACCCUAAUCUGUUAACCUACACCCAACAUUCUAAACUUGUACCCAAACUUCUAACUACACCCUGCACCCCAAACUCUUAACCAACCUCUAAAAUGAUCCACCUCUCAACCUCAACCCCAAAACCUCUAUUGUUUCAAUAGUAUCCCAGAUUACAUGUAGAUUCUAUUUUAAGACAACUUUAUGUAGUUUGUAUGUAGAAGCAAACCUUCGGCUGAAAGCAGAGCCUUCUCUUCCUCAUGUUUGGAGUGAAUUAGUUCUUCAGGUGGAUAUGUGCGGUGUUUAUUUGCAGUGCAUGUCCCGUAACUUGAUUAGUUGUAUUAUGACCCAACAAUACACAGCGAGGUGGAUCAGUCGGGAGGUUGCUCCCUUGGCAGACAUGUUUUCAGCCGGAUGUUUGUUUGAAAAGUGAGCAGGAAUGCACCAAUCAGCUGUUAAAUCAUCCUUCCAGCUAUUCAGUGGACACACACUGUGAAUAAGAGUGAAAAUGAGAAUGAGAACAGGAAAACUGGGUGGGCCGGUGCAUGUAUGUGUGUCUCAGGAUAGGUGAGCAGAGAGAAGUAUUUGAGAGGUACAAGAAAGAGAGGUGUUUUACACAAUUGAAGUGUUAAACACCUGUUUGAGAGAGAAAGAGAGUCUCUAUACUUUAGGCUUAUAUCUUUUGAGUAUGGAUUAUUCAGACACAAUAUUAUAUUGGGAAACCUCUCAUGGUGUUGCCUAUAUGGGUCCGGGGGGAAGAGGGGGCCCACCCAAAAAAAUCCUGGAUUUUAGCAGUGACCAUGUAACAAUAUGACACAACACAACAUGUUCAUGCUCAUGUUCUGUGUAUUGAUUACCUUUAUAUUGCCAAUAAAUUGUAAACUACUAAUCCGA